GGAGAGUAUUGGAUUUGGAACUUAGAUAAACCGAAGUGUUAACCAAGACAAAACCGAAGAUUGGUACCAACACUGAGACCAUUGGCUUACCAGCGAUGACUCCAAAAGUCUACUUAUCCACUCAUACUACAACCAGAAACCCACACUUGCUUCUUCCAUGGCUUUAUCCUUUGCUUCUUUAACUAACUUCUCCAAGAUGCAGUCAGGGGUAUGGUACAGUGGAUCCAUCACGCCAGGAGUCACUGUUAGAUGCUGUGAAACCGCAAAAGAGCCUCCACCAAAAUCAAAGCUCCAAGUGGGAUCACCAAUAAUCAUCGUGGAAGCCCCGAAAGUUAUAAAAACAGCUGCUUCAAUGCCUUGUCUUAGGGCUAACACAGGCUUGGUCAAGCCUGGCGAUGUUGGAAGAAUCGUGUCAAGAAAACCUAAAGACUUGUGGGCAGUUCGACUCUCCGUUGGGACGUAUCUUUUAGAUGGUAAAUACUUCAAAGCUUUAGAGCUUGAAGACUAAGCUAAGCUUGUGAACUGAGAGACAAUGUCAUGUAAAUUUCAGAUUCAUAAGCACAUAUAGCAAAACAGGCUGGUUCAAAUCAUAGACGCUUACAACACACAAAAAAAAAACUGUUUAUUUCGUUGCGUCCU